AGAGAUCCCACUGAGUGGAGCUGGUCGCCGCCAGUUCACACUGAGUCCUGGACAAGGUCACACCUAUGCCAAUGGCAGUGGAGCUGGACCCCGCCAGUUCACGCUGAGUCCAGGCCAAGCUCACACCUAUGCCAAUGGCAGUGGAGCUGGACCCGCCAGUUCACGCUGAGUCCAGGCCAAGCUCACACCUAUGCCAACGGCAGUGGAGCUGGACCCCGCCAGUUCACGCUGAGUCCAGGCCAAGCUCACACCUAUGCCAACGGCAGUGGAGCUGGACCCCGCCAGUUCACGCUGAGUCCAGGCCAAGCUCACACCUAUGCCAACGGCAGUGGAGCUGGACCCCGCCAGUUCACGCUGAGUCCAGGCCAAGCUCACACCUAUGCCAACGGCAGUGGAGCUGGACCCCGCCAGUUCACGCUGAGUCCAGGCCAAGCUCACACCUAUGCCAACGGCAGUGGAGCUGGACCCCGCCAGUUCACGCUGAGUCCUGGCCAAGCUCACACCUAUGCCAACGGCAGUGGAGCUGGACCCCGCCAGUUCACGCUGAGUCCAGGCCAAGCUCACACCUAUGCCAACGACAGCGAAGUUGAACCCCGUCAGCCCACACAAGAUCCAAAUCAAGAUUACACUUCCACCAGUGAGGAUAUUAUAGAACCACGAAUCGAUGGCUCACCGCACGCAAUGAGCAGAGCUGGACUGGCCUGCGGGGCACGGUACAUUCCGCCUGGAUCGUCUAGGAUACUCGAGUCGAGUGGCUACCCAGCGAAUUACAGGAACAAGUUUAGGUGCCUCUGGACGUUGACAACUUCAGAAGAAUCUUCUCUGUCUAUCGAUUGCGACGACUUCCUUCUCCAGCCUUCCCGAGGGUGCAGGAAAGACUUCCUAAGAAUCUGGGGCUCCGGGACGAAUAAAAAAUACUGUGGAUCUCGGACUCCUGAGGUGUCUGUGGAGGGCAGAAGGCUUCGGGUUUUGUUCAAAACAAACAGAAAAAUAAAUCAGAGAGGAUUCAGAUGCUACGUUAGAGCUUCAAGUAUCCCUGAGCCAACGACAACAACAACAACAACAACACAACAAACAACAACAAAAACAACGACAACAACAGAAACAACAACGACAACAACAGAAGCAACAACGUCUACUACCCCUGUACCGACAACUUUAACAACUUCCUCAACACUUCCAGACUGUCCCGAUUGUGGGCUUGUGAACCGAGCCACCCGUAUCGUGGGCGGAGUUGAGACGGAAGUGAAUGAAUACCCGUGGAUGGUGUCCCUGGUGAACGGUGGUGGACUGUACCACUUCUGUGGCGGAGCUAUCAUUUCUGAUGAAUGGGUCGUCACCGCUGCCACUGCGCUGUGGGCAUGUCCAACUCAGACUGGGUGUUGUAUGGAGACCACAAUUUGUACAUCACAAGUGAUGCCGCAGCUAUGGCAUCUAACAUUGCUGAGUCUACAGAUCAAGGUUCAUCCUGGCUAUGACAGUAAUACUCUUGACAACGACAUAGCUCUUCUCAAACUUGCUGAUCCAAUAGAGUUUCCAGAUGACAACCGCAUUGCUCCUGUGUGCCUUCCAACAGCCGGUGAAAUGUACGCUGAUGUUGACGCAACAAUCACAGGAUGGGGAGCUCAACAGCAGGGAGGAUCCACAUCUGCCGUGCUCUUCGAAGUGACUGUACCGACCAUGACAAACGCAGUUUGUGAUACCAAGUAUAGUGGACAGAUAACUGCCAAUAUGAUCUGCGCUGGCAUCCCUGAGGGAGGCAAAGAUUCGUGCCAGGGUGAUUCUGGCGGUCCGAUGAUAGUAGAAGAAAACGGCAAGUGGAAACUGGUGGGAGUUGUGUCGUGGGGUUACGGCUGUGCUCAACCUAAUAAGCCUGGAGUCUACGCCCGAGUUACACGAUAUUUGAGCUGGAUUUCUGAAUCAACAACUGGUUUGUGCUCCACUGACAACACAACGCCCACCACCUCCUACGCCGCCGCCUCCACCUCCUCCAACGCCUGCACCGACAUCACCUCCAUCCGACUGCCCCGAUUGUGGGCUUGUGAACCGAGCCACCCGUAUCGUGGGCGGAGUUGAGACGGAAGUGAAUGAAUACCCGUGGAUGGUGUCCCUGGUGAACGGUGCUGAACUGUACCACUUCUGUGGCGGAGCUAUCAUUUCUGAUGAAUGGGUCGUCAC